AUGUCCCCUGCCGCCGACUCAGCACCAGCCUUCCUCAACACGCAACCGGCCCCAGACCACGACUGGAGGAUCACCUUGAAAGACAAAGUCAUUGUAAUCACCGGAGCAAACAGAGGAAUCGGCCUAGCCAUUGCAGAAGUCUGUCUCGCCAACGAAGCAGCAGCAGUUAUAAGCCUAGAUCUAUUCGAGCCCGGCACAGAAUUCACUGCCUUGCAAGCAGCCAACCCAAAACGCCUACAGUACAUAUACUGCGACGUGACGUGUGAAAAGAGCAUCAACUCCGCACUCGAUACAGCCAUUGCCACACGCGGCGCCAUACACGGGUUCGUCGCGAAUGCAGGAAUGACCAAGCACCAGCCCGCGCUGGACUUCAGCCGCGCACAGCUGGACCAGCUGUUCAACCUGAAUGUGUUUGGGGCGUAUUUCUGCGCAACGGCUGUGGCGCGCCGGUUUAUCUCGCUGGGUAUUAAGGGGUCUAUUGUGUUUACGGCGUCUAUGACUUCCUACCGUCCGAACCGUGCUGCGCCCUCGGCUCCGUAUGGCGCUACGAAGGGUGCUGUGAGGAAUAUGGUGCAUACGCUGGCGAUGGAGUGGGCUCAGCAUGGGAUCCGGGUAAACUCGAUCUCGCCCGGGUUUAUCAAGACUGCCAUGACAUAUUUUGUGGAUCAGGCGCCGGAUUGGAAUUUGAAGAUGCAGUACUACGGUGGCAUGCCGAGAUUGGCGGAGCCUAAGGAGCUGGGUGGGGGGUAUGUAUAUCUGCUCUCGGAUGGUGCUUCUUAUACGACUGGUAUUGAUAUUCCGAUUGCUGGUGUGGUUGGGGCGUGGUAG